AUGGAGCAAGACACAUCUUAUCCCCUUCCUCAUCACAUUGAAGAAGCAAUUCGCAAUUUCCGCGACAACAUCAUAGAUUGUCCCUUGGAAAGACUCGACAACAGUGGUCUUCUUUUAAAAUCAAGAACUGGUGGUUCAGACUUAAUUGAUGUUAGAAAUGAUAAGGAGGUUGGAGACUGUGAGUAUACUAUUCCUCAGGGUUAUUUUAAAGUGCACUCCAGAUUGAUUAAUUUCAACAAUUUUAAAGACAUCAACUGGGAUAAUGCAACAAAUCCAUUCAGAAGUCUCGAAGAUUUCAUUGAAUCAACUUUUGCUGGGAUAUCAGAACAUGAAGUACACGGGAUGCUACUUAUUCUCUCAGGAUUGUUUAUAUACAAACACCCGCUUGCUACUAAUACUAAUGGUGCUAUUUAUGAAGUAGAAAUCAGGAGAGCAUUUUUAAAAAACUUUCUUAACCCUGUUAUAUGUUUUAUGAACCAUAUUAUGGAUUUAUCAGAGAUAACUAGGGACAAAAAAUUCACUUUUGUUGAUAAAGUGCAAAAAAAGAAAAACUUGGAUGCUACAAAUAAAACAUUUUUGGAUUCAAAGGCGAAAACCAAGUAUAAAGGUUAUGCAGAUGUCAAUAUAGAGUUGCAGUAUGAAGAUGAUCCAAGGCUGGUCUUGAAAGAAUUUCCCAUCGAAGUCAAGAGCAUCAAGUCGUCCAAAACCAUACGCUCUAAAACUCCAAACCAGGUUAAGGUCGAAGAUGUUGAUAUAUAUCCACCAGUUAACCGUCAGAACACAUUUUAUAACUUAUGUGGACAAAACAAAUCCUCCAUGAUCACAGACCUGCUAACAACAGUUUGUAUAAACUAUAAUGAUAUUUCAAAAGCAAGUUAUGCUAUAGAUAUAGAUAAAUCAAUUGGUGAUCAAACUUUGGUUAUUGAUGACCCCGUGGAUGUUCAUGUUUGUGACUCAUCAUCUUCACACUACAAUGGGAUUUCUCUUCAGUUGUUACUUCUCUUGAUUCUAUUUGAUAUGAUGGCUGCUCAAUUAUCAGAUUUGAGUGUUUCAAGUAUUCCAAAUAGGUUCAAUUUGAUUAAUGCGGAAUCUGAUGAAAACUCCAAAGAAACAUUAUCAAAUUUAUUGAAAGCAAUGAUGGAUGAUAUACCUGAGGAGAAUUUGGAAACAUUUUUAUCUGGUGGUCCUAGUAUGUUUGCAAGUUUCUCAAGUAAUGAAUGUUUAAAAAAUUUGUUUAAAGGUCAAUUCAAGAUGAAGUUGAAGAGUCAAGAUAUCGAAUUAAAAUCCAACAGAAUCAAUAGUCACAUUUUGGAAAUAAUAAUCAAGGAUUCAAUUACAAACAGUGAUGGAUCUUCUGGUGAAUCUGAUGAAGAGAAUGCGUCAUUCAACGUUAUUAAAGUAUUUUAUAUGAAUGAUAUUGAAGAAAUUCAGUGGACACUCCAAGAUCUAUUAGAAACUCCAAAGAUGUACCAAGGUUUGCAACAGAUGAUAUUGAAACGGCAAAAUCUCAAGCUGUAUAAUCUGAGCUCUCAAGAAGAUGAUAAAAUCACAACACCAAAAGUUUUGAAGGCUGGUAUGGCUAAAUUUUUGAUUGAAGAUGAUGAAAAUAAUCUCAACCCUGAAGUUAUAUUUGGUCCAUUCUUAGUUUUGAGAUAUAACUCAACCCCAUUAUCAAGAUCAUCUAAACCACUGGGAAGGGAAGAGAUCAAAUUGUUACAUAAACAAAUUGAUAUUCUUCAUAAAAAAGUUAAACUUCAUCAUAGGAAGUUGAAUCUGAAAAAUCUGUUUUGCUAUAAUGGUAAAGUUCAUAUUUCCAAUUUUGAUCAAUCUACUAGAGUUUCUCCUGGAGGUGUUUGUUCAUUUGAUGGAUCUGAAACUUCAUCUCAUGCUGGUUGCAACGAUUAUGAAUUCAUUUCUCAAUUGUAUGAAUUUGCAAGAACCCAAGGUGAUGAUGUUGAAAUGGAACUCUGA